CAUGUUUUCCCCCUCUCUCCCCAGCUGUUCCCCCCCUGAGGACUCCAUCCUCUCUUCUGGCCUCUGGAGAAUUCGGUGUCUAGCAGAGGGAAGAAAGGGAUGUAGUAAACACUGGCACUACACCCAGCCUGAGGCUGUGCCUGUGCUAAGUAGGCAGAGCCGCUGCUAAUGGAGUGACCAACCGCCCUUACAUUCAGGGUAGCAUUGCUGCUUUAACAUCCACACACAACAGCCCCCUUUACCUGCCACUCUACUUGGAUCUUCCUCUUCUCUUGUUUGGUGUCCUGGGAAAUUGGAGAAGGGGCUGGCGGGGCUGAGGUUCAAAGCACGCUGCUACUGUGCAGACGUGCUGAUGUGGAGUAGUCUGUCUGAUUUGAAAACUGCCCCAAGACUCAUAAACAAAAAGGGGGUCCAGGCUGCGUUGAAGGGACCUAGCUGGAUCUUGCAGGGAUGGCUAUCGCAGUCUUAGGUAACGACGGUCCAGAAAGAUGGCAGAUGGGGCAGUGGUAGGCUGUGCUGUGGAGAAAAACGUGGCCGAUGCCGGUGAGAACAGAGAAAUAAUUCAAAGUGAUUUAGAGAAAUUAGAACUAGAGCAGUGGUUCUCAAAGUGCGAUCUCCGGACCACUAGUGGUCCACGGCCCUCUCCCAAGUGGUCCAUGGUUCGAGCUCAGCCCCGGACCCAAAAAAAGUUCCCUGCCACAAAUAAAACACCAAAACCUUUUUUGUCGGACAUAAAUUAAUAUUUUACUUUGAUUUAAAAUGAAGUUUGAUAAACUAACACGAGAAAGUUAAAAUGCUUCAUCUGUUUAAUCAUUUAUAUGAAACCAUUCUCCCUCGCUGCUGCACUAGCAAAAUGGCUCAGGCAUAAUGAUGUAAUUAACGGUCACUUUCCAUUAGCAACUGAUGAUACUCAGAAAGAUUUGCAUUGAGCCAGGUGGUCUACGGGCCACAAAGUUUGAGAACCACUGAACUAGAGGCAAGGCGUGAAGUGAGAUCCAGCCUGGCAAACAAAAGUACCCAUGAUGGAGCAGCGGGAGGAAGAUCUGAAAAUAUUCAGUGGCAGGAGGAGUCUGCAGAGCCAGUGAAACUCUAAGCUCGUGCGCUUCUUCGAGUUGCAGACAUUUAUUUUUCAGUCUGUUUUGCUGCAAAAUCCUAAACUAGAUUCACUCAUGAACCGCUGAGACUAACUGCAGCACUAGCCUCUUCUGGGCUGCCACUGCAUAUGCUUUUAAUUUCCCCCAACUCUGGUGGUGACGUGGGAAUUGUCCGGAGGUAUUUUGGAUCUCAAUGACUCAAGAAAAGUAGCGAUUCCUUCAGCGGUGUCUGCGUACAGGAGUUGACCUGGUCUGUCUGAUAGAGAGCUAGAUUGUGUGUAGUCAGGGCAUUAGAAAUAAUGGUGAGUCUAGCCUCUGUGCCAUGCAAGAGGGGAUGAAGAAAUCCUUAACCCUCCACUUCUUUAUCCAUCAGCGUCGUUAUACCUGCUAAAUUGUGCAGAAGCAAACUCGGGCUCAUCCUGCCACGUAAUGUGGAACGAACCAUUCCCACUUUGCAAGUGCUACAGCAUCAUAGCUGCCGGGCUGUUGUUGCCCAUCUGUAUGCUUCCUAGGGCAAUAGAAGGGGGUUUUCCAUUGCUGUGAGGAGUCCACUUCUCCCAGAGGCAGAAUUCUUGAUGGCUCUCAGAGGUGUGAGUUUUUCACCCCCCUGAGCACUAGAGAUGUGAACGGGUAACUGGUUACCUGGUAAGCAUCGCCCUUAAUGGGUGACACUUACCGGGUAACAGUUGACUGUUACCCCAGGAGAAGCCCCCCAUCCAUGGCCCACCACAGGUUCCAAGCGGGGCCAUAAGUGGCAGGAAGGGGACGGAGGAGCUGACGGCCACCAUCCCGGGCUGAAAGCAGCGGCUGGCCGGGGAGAGGAGGGGGGGCCCUGCCACAUCUGGCCCCUGUGAUGCUGUCGAUUCCCAGCCUUCAUGGGCUGGGAGCCGGCAGCCCAGUGCGAAGCCAGAAGCAGCCAGGCUGGAGCAGCCUCUGCUGCGGUGCGGGGGCCGCUGCCCACCCCCGUUUAAUCAGUGAACUGGUGAAACUUACCGUUGAACCAGUUAACUAACUAAACGGGAUUUUACAUCCUUCCCGAGCACAUCACCUGUGUCAACCCAACUUGAAAGUCUGGACCAGGUUUCAGAUGUAACUGUGGUGAGGACGGGAUACAAAGCUGACCGGAAUGGAAUCCCAGAUAUUCAGGGAUGGAUGGGGCCUCGAGGACCUCCCCCCCAUGCCAAGGCAGGAUUAAGGAUACCACAACCCUUCCUGGCACGUUUGUCUAACUUGGUCUUAAAAACCUAAAGAAUUCGAUAGCCCCUCGCCCUGCCAGCCCCUGAAAGCGAAGCACCCGGCGAACGAAUGAACGAGAAGCCAACCCGGCCGGAGGGACCUUUUGAGCACCUGCGAAGAUGGGCAUGAGGAUCAAACUCCACAGCACCGAUCACCCCAACAACCUGCUGAAGGAACUCAACAAGUGCAGGCUGUCGGAAACCAUGUGCGACGUCACCAUCGUAGUGGGGAGCCGCUCCUUUGCCGCCCACAAAGCCGUGCUGGCCUGCGCGGCGGGCUACUUCCAGAACCUCUUCCUGAACACGGGGCUGGAUGCCGCCCGGACCUACGUGGUGGACUUCAUCACGCCGACCAACUUCGAGAAGAUCCUGAGCUUCGUCUACACCUCGGAGCUCUUCACGGACCUCAUCAACGUGGGCGUCAUCUACGAGGUGGCGGAGAAGCUGGGUAUGGAGGAUCUGCUCAGGGCCUGCCACUCCACCUUCCCCGACUUGGAGAGCUCAGCCAUCACCAAGCAGCCCUCUGGAGCGGGAGACGGCCGGUCAGGCUGUCUGGGCAGCACGGCAACAGAACCAAACCAUUCCCUGGGCGAACUCCGGAGCAGUGUGGAGCACUUUGGCCCCGAGCGGAAUUGCAUCUUGCAAGGGGAAGUGGCAGAGGACUAUAAAGAGGAUGACAGGUUGGGUGAAGCCGGCCAUAACCUGCCCUUGAUGCAUCCGCCGCCUCCAAAGACGGAAGAGCAAGAACUGACAGGGCAGUUUGCUUCGGCCGGCAAUGCCAUGUCUCAGCCCGGCCUGGGCAACGUCAACCUGGCUGUUCCAACCACGGCAAGUGCCUGCCAGCCCUAUAAGAUCCAGAGCAACGGGGACUACAGCAAAACCAGCUUUUUCCCGGCUGACGCCUCGCUGGACAUCUCUACCGGGAGCAAUUCCUGCCCCAGCAACAGCGACCAUUCCAAAGACCAGGGCUUCGGGCAGAUGGAGGAGCUGCAGCUGGAGGAUCUAGGGGCGGACGAGCUGCACUUCGAAGACGCCGGCGAGGAGCUGGGCCCGGUGGAGGAGGUCAUUGAGCUGAGUGAUGACAGCGAAGAGGAGCUGGCCUUUGAGAACGAUGGCCAGGAGAGCAAGGCCAUGCCGUGCCAGGUCUGCCGGAAGGUUCUGGAACCCAACAUCCAGCUGAUCCGCCAGCACGCCAGGGACCAUGUGGACUUGCUCACUGGCAACUGCAAGGUCUGCGAGACCCACUUCCAGGACCGGAAUUCCCGGGUCACCCAUGUCCUGUCCCACAUCGGGAUCUUCCUCUUCUCCUGCGAUAUGUGCGAGACCAAAUUCUUCACCCAGUGGCAACUCACCCUCCACCGGAGAGAGGGGGUGUUCGACAACAACGUUGUCGUCCACCCCAGCGACCCGCUGCCCGGCAAGAUCAACCUCUUUGGGGGGGUCCCUGGCUCGGAGCUGGUCUGCACCGCCUGCGGGAAGCCACUGGCCAAAGAUUUCCACACCGUCCGGGGACACAUCCUCGACCACGUGAACUUGAAAGGCCAAAUGUGCAGCGUGUGCGACCAGCGGCACCUCAGCCUCUGCAGCCUGAUGUGGCACACCCUCUCCCACCUGGGUAUCUCCAUCUUCUCCUGCUCCAUCUGCGCCAGCAGCUUCGUGGACCGGCAUCUGCUGGAGAAGCAUAUGGCCGUCCAUCAGAACAUGGAAGAGACCGUCUUCCGCUGCCAUUUCUGCGGCCAGAGCUUCAAGCUGGAGGCGGCUUACCGCUACCACGUCAGCCAGCACAAAUGUGGCGGCAGCCUGGACGUUGUGCGGCCCAGCUUCGGAGACCGGCUCCAGCAGCAAGCCCUCCAAAAGAGGAAGCUGCCGGAGGAAUUCCUGAGCGAGGACCCCGCGCUGCAGAACCAGCCAGGGAACAGCAAGUACAGCUGCAAGGUCUGUGGGAAGAGGUUUGCCCACACGAGCGAGUUCAACUACCACCGAAGAAUCCACACCGGAGAAAAGCCUUAUCAGUGCAAAGUGUGUCACAAAUUCUUCCGCGGCCGCUCCACCAUCAAAUGCCACCUGAAGACACACUCGGGAGCCCUCAUGUACCGAUGCACGGUGUGCGGGCACUACAGCUCCACCUUAAACCUCAUGAGCAAACAUAUAGGUGUCCACAAAGGCAGCCUGCCACCCGAUUUCACCAUCGAGCAGACGUUUAUGUACAUAAUUCAUUCCAAAGACGCGGAGAAAACCACGGACAGCUGAUUGGGCGGCGCUGUGUUGGGGGCGGGGCAGCAAACGUUAAUUGCAAAGUAGCUACUUUGGGGGAGGGGGUUCGUUUUAACGGUCAGACAUCGUGGAUGGAAUUCUUCUUUUUUUGGCCUUGCCUAGCGAUUUUUUCUGUCCGCGUCCUGUACGUUAACAGCACGUGAGCUGAACCAAGAAACCUAUUUUCUUUGCUUACCUCCAGGCCUCUUAGAGGCCGCUGAGUUCCGUGGACUGGCACGUCUUGCCAGGUUUGGGUCUCAUACGUAGACAGCUCUCGCCACCGAGCAGGUUAACCCUCGGUGGGCCUCCUGUGGCUUUGAGAUCACAUAUAGAUUUAUGCUGCUAGGAUCCUAGCACCCUCAGAGAGGAGCAGAAUCAAGACAGGAAGAUGGUGGACACCAAGGCCACGUCUUCACUCCUGGGAAGAUCAACACCGCCACAAUUGAUCUUCCGGAGUUUGAUUUAGUGGGUCUAGUUAAGACCCACCAAAUCGAACUCAGAGGGCACCCUUGGAGCAGCUCUUGUGAGGAGUAAGGGACACCGACAGGAACGUUUGCUCCUGUCGGGCUCCCGCUGUGGAGAUGGCGGGGAAACUCGAAUGAAGGUACGGCGACUCCGGCUACGUAAUUAACAUAGCUGGAGCUGCGUAUCUCGAGUCGAACGUCCCCUCUAGUGUAAGCCUGGCCAAAGAGACUAGCUGGUUUUAUUUUAGGCACCGCUGGGGCUGUGCUGCUCCUGACAGGAGCUAAGCAGAGUCAGGCCUUAGCGGGUGAGGGGCGGUUGGCAGGCAGCAAGGGGAGCUCCAGGAAUUCAGCUCGGUGCCAGAAAGAGGGAGCAACGUGACUUCUAGCCGCCCAUCUGAGCCAAAGCCGCAGUUACUGGUUAACACCCAUCCCCUUCCCCCCCAUACGCUCCCUCCUAUCUCUUCUGAAGUUUGCAAGUCCCAUUUGGGAGCUGAGGAAAUGAAGGAGUAAUAGGAGAAUAGGGGGUUGAGCUUCGUCUCACCGUGAGCCAGGAUAGAUUGUCAAGGGGAGGAAUCACUGGGCCAGGGGAGGUACGUAGCAAAUGCUGGCAGAGACACAGCUUUCCCCCUUGUCCCCCCGCACCCCAUGCCGAAGAGCAACGUUCCUCUGACUGCAGGAGCCCGUUCCGACAGCUGGGGGUCUGGCUCUGUAACUCGGCCGCCUCCCCGAGUCAGUAGUGGGGGGGAGGGGAAGAGCAUCGGGCGUCCCUGUGGGACUGGCGCUAGGCCACGUGCAAAGCCUCUGGCGUGAGCGUGAAAAGAAACCGUUGCCUUAACUCCUGGAAAAAUGUCUUUGCAGGAGGAACAUUCUUUGCUCUGCAGGGUUUUCCCCACCCCUCUCCCCCCCCCUCGCCCGGUACCAGAACGGCCACCGGGGGAAUAUGGCUGCUUUUCACAUGUACCCGCUGAGGGGGGAGAGGCGGCUUUUCUAGCGUUGCUGCCCUGAGGCAGGGAGUGGAAAGGCCCAGGUGUGGCAGACAAGGCCGCCUGGAGGAGAGCCGUCCCUUGGUGACUCAAACUACCUCACAAGCUGGAAGUGCUCAGGGCUCGGCGCCCCAGCGAGCUUUGGACAGGCCCCUGCACUUCCAUACACGCACGCUGUCACCGGACGAAACACUUGGACAGCCUCCCCCCCCGCCCCGCCCCGGGAGCUGAUCUCUGCCACAUUGCAGCCAGGAGGGGACAAGCUCACCUGAGCUUCGCCCGAGGUAGCACACUACAAAUAGCUGUCUGGCCGUUGCAGCGCUAGCUGUCCCCCCUCCCCUCCCUCCUGGAGCCUCCUGAGUCCAAGCCCGCUGCCCCCCAGGUCAGAGCCUGGCUGGCUAGCCAGAAUCACCGCUAGUGCCGCAACAUCCACGCUCCUAUUUAGCACACCUGCCCGAGCAAUGCUAGCGGGAGUCGGUGUGCCUGGGCUGAGAGGCUGGGUCUGGACACCCUCAACGGGGGUGUUCCUGGGUUCUCACCCCACUGCUGACACUAACUUCACUGUGGCCUUGGGCAAGUCGCUGCACCGCUCUGCCUCAGUUUCCCCAUCUGUAAAAUGGGGGCAGUAAUACUUGUGGUACCUACCUACCUCCCUGGAGCGUGGUGACGAUGAACUAAUUAGUGUCUGUAUAGCGUGUUGACGAUGAAGAGCACUUAUGAGUAUUAUGUAGCAUCCUAGGGAAAUGACCCCCCCCAUGUUCCCUUUUGACACCCCUCCCCACCCUAUGCCCUGGAUUUAACAACAGCCCAGUGGCGUUACCUUUCUCCGUGCUCUGCUCUCUGUUCCUGAGUCCAGUGGAAAACCCACUAGUAACAAAGGGUAACGGGGGGACUGCAGGGGGCGAGGGCAUUAGGAGUUAAUUGCGCCCCAAAAGGAGGUUUGCAGGAGGGGCGUGAUGACUUGGUGCACAAGGAAGGCAGGAACAUGAGGUCCGAGGGGGCGAGGGCCUUGGGAGUUCAUUGUGGCGUGAACCCCUUGCUCGUCCCCUGUUGUUUAGUGUCAGGAGUGGAGCCAGUGCUGCCAGUUGGAUUUUGUGGGCCGGGGGGGAUUGCAGAGGGGCACGUCCCUGGCCACAGGUGGCAGCACCCACGGAAUCCCUCCUCGCCUGCCGCCGAUCGUUGCGGUAUCGGUGCCGUGGCGGCCCGUCCUCAGGGCCCAGGAGUGCCAGGGAUGGAGAUGGAGCCCUGAACGCAUCCUUCAGCGUUCCUUCUGAGCCAUGCCAGGGCUCGCACGGGGAGCCAGCGCCACCACCCUCCCAGAAGGCUACCCUGCCCAGAGCCUGAGGAGCCCAGCUGACCUCUGCCCCGACGUGCGUUCUAGUACCAGUGCCCCUGCCAAAGAAAAGCCAGGGGUGGCGAGCCCAUCGGCUGAGCUUUGCACACCCCGGUCUGUGAAAUGGUAACAAAGGGGUGCUCUGUAGGCAGACAGCCCUGGGUGGCUGCAAACUCGGCCCUUCCUGGAAGGUGUUUAAAAGAGGAAUGACAAAGCUAGUUCAGCGUUAAAUCUGCCCCAACUUUGUGAGCGCCGGGCAGACGUGGCAAAUGGAGCAGGUUAGCCGGUGAUGGUCGUAGAGCGGCGUCAGACACCUUUCCCUCCCCCGUCUGGCGCGGGAUAGGUGGGCUGCAGGCCUGAGCCUGUUUGGGGGUUCCUCCAAAGGGCGUAAGGAGAUGAAAAGGCUGGGGGGCAGGUAGCUAGCCAGGCAUCAUUCAGACGCCUCCCAGAAGCCGAGGUCACCGUUCGGCAGACCCAAAGCAAAGCUGUGAAGCGAAAGCUUUUCUGGCACAACAAAAGGGAGAGACACGCUUGGGCCCUGAAACACUAACGGGCCAGCAGCGCCCUGCUCCAGACUAGGGGACAGGGAAGGCAGGCACCUGCCCCCCUUUUCUUUGCUCCUGUCUGUGGCGACGUCUGCAAGUCCCCUGCUCUGUGUCUGUGGCUCUUCCCUAGGUUUGAAUGACCCGCUUGCGCUCUCCAUCAGAACCAGUGGGGGGCAAACUACGGCCCCUCAGGCGUCUCUGUGUAGCCCGCCGGACAUUUGGUUUUCCUACGGGUGUCACUAAAGUGACGGGAGGUGCUGGCUGAUUGCACCUGUGAUGGACUGGGAGAGUCAGGCGCUCCCUCUGCGUCUAGGCACCCCGGCCUUUUAGUGCUAUCCUGGGAGACCCUCUUGGUGACGACAGUCUUGCGGGCCACUGAGAUGGAGGGCCACCUGCUAGCCCGGGUUGCCCAUCGCUGGUCAAACCCGUCAGGGUACGUCUACACUACAGGAUAAGGUCGAAAUAAGCUACGUGGUGUCAGCUACGUUCAUUGUGUGGCUGAAGUCGAAGUAUCUUAAUUUGGCUUUUGACAGUGUCCACGCUGCGGGAAGGCGAAGAGAGAACAUUCUCCCUUCGACUUCCCUUACUCCUCGUGGAAGCGGGGCCACCGGCAUCGACCAGAGCGCCCCUCUCAGGUCGAAUUUGCCAGACCCGCUCAUUCGAACCCUGGGAGAUCGACAGCGGCAGCUUCGAUCUUUGUCGUGUAGAUGUCCCCUCAGAGAUCAGCAGCCGCAAAGCGUUAUCUGCGGGCAAAUGGGAAAGUUCUGAUAGGCAAACCGCUGCCACGAGUUUCCUCCUUUCACGUUUCCUCCUUGAAUUUUCCAAAUCGGAGAGGCCAAAACCUGAGCUGUUCCUCCCAGCCGGGGUAUCUAGGCCUCGUCCUGUGCAGCCCUCCACCCUCCCUCAGUAUGUCAGACCCAAACUCCAUGGGAGUCAGGCAGCCGCUUUGGUGAGCUUUGGACCAAGUCCCUAACCCCAGCCACAACGACGAAUCUGCAGCAGGGUCCGGGGUCUUCUCUUACUUGGUGCCCCCAUCUUUAACAUUCCAUUUUCUUCCCGCCCUUUGCAACGGGGCUGCUGUGGGGCCAGGCCAGCCAGGUUAGGAAGUCAAGUGGUAUUCGAGAGCCAUGUUGCUUUGCGAAUCCGGCAGGCGGGAUUAAUUGGAGUUCAGAGAUGGAAGGAUUCUCUCUCCCGCUUCCAUCCGAGAACCAAAGCAGGCUGCUCUGAUCCCUGGCACUAGAGUCCCAAACCCAGCUCUCCCACACCAAGCAUGUCCUGCUGAUUCCCCUGGCUCAUUCCCAGUGCUGGUUUUUGGCUCACUGCACCCUGGCUCUGUUUCUAAAGCAAAACACAUAAUGGGGAAAGGAAACAAUAUUUUCUGGUAGACCAAAUGGGGCUGGAAGGGAAGGGCCUGGUUCUUUUCCCAGCUUUCCCACUGGUGCGGCGUGUGGGUUUGCCUCAGUCCCCCCAGUCUGUACACGUGCGGAUACUAACCGAUACCUACCUCGCAUGGGGGAGGGGGUGAGGUUUAAUUCAUGUUUGUAAAGUGCUUUGGGAUCCUUGGAGAUGAACCGGGAGGGCUACAGGACAUCCUGUCAGGGAGUCCAGCUGCCUUGUAGCGUUCGGUUUAAUCCCGGCUCCCGCCACGCUAAUGAAGCUUGAAGCAAACGGCCUCGCUUUAACCAGAAGGGUGGCAGCAUCCCCAUGAGAAACACAACUGCACGAGCGUGCUGUGGCUAGUUCUGAAACACAAACGGGGCUUGCUUUCGUUCCUCCCCUCUCGAAGGGUCCAGAUCUCUUUAAGAAAAGAAGUUGUAAUUGCUGUCUAACUUUUCAUUAAGUUAAUAGUAGGUACUGACCUGAUAUUUAAGUGGUUACUAUCUAUUUGCUGUAAAGUUUUGUAUAUUUUGUAAACCCCCCUCCACCCCAAAUAGUAGAUGUCUAAAAUCGUUGUACAUCUGAUUCUUUUAUACUCCAUCGUUCAGCACAAAGUGUGGUUUUUAUUUAGAAUAAUAAAAUGGAAAACAGCCA